AUGCACGGUGACGGAAACGGGAGGGCUGAGCUAAACGAAUUGUGCAUUCAUGAUGAUAAAUGCAAGAUGAAUGAUGGAAAUAUUGGCAGGUUAAAGCAGAAGAGAAGCAGCAAAUGGCAGAUUGACAAGACUGAUGCUCUCUCGGUGGUCUACAGUGCUAACCUGCAGCCAGCUGUCCGUGCCUCCACAGUCCUAGUAUACCCGGCCUCUCCCGUCGCCUUGUCGGACCUGCCGGAUGUUGCUCAUCUCAUGCAUGCUCGUGACGAAACCGACAUUGGCCUGCAUUGCGCUACGACCUGA